AUGCAGCAGCACUUAGUGCCAGGGCAGCAGCAGGAGCUGCUGCAGCAGUUUGUGCCAGGGCAGCAGCAGCAGCUGCUGUUGCUGCAGCUGCAGCAGCAGCAACAGGGGCAGCAGCGAGCGCCGCAACAGCAGCAGCAGGGGACAGCAGCAACGCAGCAGCAGCAGCAGCGUAGCAGCAGCCCCAGCAGCAGCAGCAGCAGCAGCAGCUUACCGACAAUCUUUUCCCACUCAGCUGAAUACCGCAGCACGAUUGAUCUGCAAGAGCAGCAACAAGAACAGCAGCAGCAACAGCAUCAGCAGCUCCUGCAGCAGCAGCAGAAGCUACUGCAGGAAUGGCAGCAGCAGCAGCUGCAGCAGCAGCUGCAGCAGCAGCUGCGGCAACAGCUGCCGCAGGAAUGGCAGCAGCAGCAGCCGCAGCAGCAGCUUCUGCAGCAAUGGCAGCAGCAGCAGCUGUAG